AGAUAAGCAAGCUCUUAGCUUCAUCUAUCAAGCUAUAGAUGAAAAUAUUUUUGAGAAGAUAUCGCGUGCAAAUACUGCCAAAGAAGCAUGGGAGAUACAGGAAGACAACUCUUACAAAACAGCUGACAAGUCUCUUUUACAAGAGAGAGUAGUGGACACAAGCUCUAACGAGAAAGAUGAUGAUAAAAUAAAAGAAAAUCAGAGAGCAAUGGACAGAAGUUCUUUGAAUGAUGAUGAGGAAGAGGAGGAGGAUAUAAUAAAUGAAACUCAGUUCAUUAUAGAUAUUUUGAAGGCGGCCUAUGCAAAGAGUGCUAGAAACCCAAAGGAUAUCCUCGAUAGAAAGAAACGUGCUUCUAAACAAAUCAACGGUUUCAAGACGCGCAAAGAAAUGGUCGGCGCUCUUAUCUUAAUGGCAACCCUGAUUGCAACGGUCACAUUUGCUGCGGCAUUCACCAUUCCUGGGGGCUUCCAAGCUGAAGAUCCACAUAAAGGCAUGGUGGUGUUAGGUAGGAAUGUGGCUUUUAGAACCUUCAUCAUCACCGACACAAUAGCUAUGACUUCAUCCAUGAUGGCUGCACUGAUCCUAAUCAUCAUGUCGUUCCAAACUGAUGAGGAAAUUAUAAAGAGUUUUCUUGGAUACUCCCUAGCACUGUUAUGGCUGGCACUUAUGGCAAUGGGAAUAGCAUUCAUGACGGGUCUCUAUGCUGUUUUGUCAGAGCAGUUGCCUCUUGCUAUCGUGGUUUGUUGCAUUGGCUGUAUUUUAUCGCUCAUAAUCUAUUAUGGCCCUAGUCUUCUUAUGGCCCCUCAAUUGAAAGAACCUUAGAAAAGUUAAAUCUUUAGAAGAAGCAAAUCACUUACUUUGUGUAUUUUAUUGAAAUAUUGAAUAAAGGAUUAUAUUUUGUUUGUUUCA